CAAACUCACAUCGUCCGGGGCAGUGUUUUGAAAUAAGACAAGAUGUCUGCCGGAGCAGUGCUAAUGGCGAGCGAGCGUCAUUUUCGAGACAAUAACUAUAACAACAAUCUUCCAGAGGACCGAAUGGACGUUGAAAUUGACCCAGGACACAACCUAACGGACCGGGAAGACUUGGACGCCGGAAUACAAGCCCCUUGUUCAUCUAACGGCAGUGGCGGGGAGGAGGAUGAGUCGGAGGCCAUUGAUCGGGAAAGAGAAGCCGGGGGCUCGAUUCCUCAGCGCAACGGGGAAGGAGUGUUGUUGGGCAGGGAGCAAGAGGUGUCGGUCGAAAUCGGAGAGACGUAUUUAUGUCAGCGAGCCGACAAGACAUGGCAUUCUGCUGAGGUUAUCCAGUCCCGGCUGAACGAACAGGAGGGCAGAGAGGAGUUCUACGUACACUAUGUUGGAUUUAACAGACGUCUGGAUGAGUGGGUGGGCAAGGCUCGCCUGGCACUGACCAAGACGGCGAAGGACGCAGUGACAAAAAUCGCUGAGGGUGGAGGAGGGGGCGAGCUAGGGGAGCAGCCAGAGAGGAAGAUCACCCGCAACCAGAAACGCAAACAUGAUGAGAUCAACCACGUGCAGAAGACGUACGCAGAGAUGGACCCCACCACAGCUGCCCUGGAGAAGGAGCAUGAGGCGAUUACUAAAGUGAAGUACGUGGACAAGAUCCAGAUUGGUAACUUUGAGAUUGACGCCUGGUACUUCUCCCCAUUCCCAGAGGACUAUGGCAAACAGCCCAAGCUGUGGAUCUGCGAGUACUGCCUCAAGUACAUGAAGUACGAGAAGACCUUCAGAUACCACCUGUCCCAAUGUCAGUGGAGGCAGCCUCCUGGGAAAGAGAUCUACAGGCGGAGCAACAUCUCUGUAUACGAAGUGGACGGUCGCGACCACAAGAUCUACUGUCAGAACCUGUGUCUACUGGCCAAGCUCUUCCUGGAUCACAAGACGCUGUACUUUGACGUGGAGCCUUUUGUCUUUUACAUCCUGACUGAAGUCAACAGGCAGGGAGCACACAUAGUGGGAUACUUCUCCAAAGAGAAAGAGUCGCCAGAUGGGAAUAACGUGGCGUGUAUCCUCACCCUCCCGCCCUACCAGCGCAGAGGAUACGGAAAGUUCCUCAUAGCCUUCAGUUAUGAGCUGUCUAAAUUGGAGAGUACAGUAGGUUCUCCAGAGAAGCCCCUGUCAGACCUGGGCAAGCUGAGCUACAGGAGCUACUGGUCCUGGGUGCUGCUGGAGAUCCUCAGGGACUUCAGGGGCACGCUCUCCAUCAAGGACCUCAGGACAAUGACCAAAAUCUCACCUCCUGGCUAUGUAAGGGCUAGUUGACCAAGAAGGAGAGUGAUGGAGUGCUGCAUCAGAUGACCUGGCCUCCACAAUCACCUGACUUCAACCCAAUUGAGAGGGUUUGGGAUGAGUGGGACCGCAGAGUGAAGGAAAAGCAGCCAAAAAGUUCUCAGCAUAUGUGGGAACUCCUUCAAGACAGUUGGCAAAGCAUUCCAUGAGACUACCUCAUGAAAUUGGUUGAGAGAAUGCCAAAAGUGUGCAAAGCUGUCAUCAACACUUUUUUUUGGUUACUACCUGAUUCCAUACGUUAUUUCAUAGUUUUGAUGUCUUCACUAUUAUUCAACAAUGUAGAAAAUAGUAAAAACAACUAAAAAUGGAAUGAUUAGGUGUCCAAAUUUUAGUUUGGGACUGUAUGUGAAUAUCCAUCCACUUGCAAAUCCACAACACCUGCAUUCACUUGUACAUACACUACCGUUCAAAAGUUUGGGGUCACUUAGAGAUGUGCUUUACUUUAAAAAACAAGGACAUUUUUUUUGUCCAUUAAAUAACAAAUUAAUCAGAAAUCCAGUGUAGACAUUGUUAAUGAUGUAAAUUGUAACUGGAAAAGGCAGAUUGUUUUAUGGAAUAUUUACUAUGGAAUAUUUACAUAGGUGUACAGAGGCCUAUUAUCAGCAACCAUCAUUCCUGUGUUCCAAUGGCAUGUUGUGAAGAGGCAACUCUGGGAUGCUGACCUUCUAUGCAGACUUGCAAAGAAAAAGCCAUAUCUCAGACUGACUAAUAAAAAUAAAAGAUUAAGAUGGGCAAAAGAACACAGACACUGGAUAGAGGAACUCUAUCUAAAAAGUCAGCAUCCCAGAGUCGUCUCUUCACUGUUGAUGUUGAGACAGGUGUUUUGCCCGUACUAUUUAAUGAAGCUUCCAGUUGAAGACUUGUGAGGCAUCUGUUUCUCAAACUAGACACUCUAAUGUACUUGUCCUCUUGCUCAGUUGGGUACCGGGCCUCCCACUCCUCUUUCUAUUCUGGUUAGAGACAGUUUGCGCUGUUCUGUGAAAGGAGUAGUACACAGCAUUUUACCGGAUCUUCAGUUUCUUGGCAAUUUCUCGCAUGGAAUAGCCUUCAUUUCUCAGAACAAGAAUAGACUGAUGAGUUUCUAGACUGAAAGUCCUCUGUUUCUGGCCAUUUUGAGCCUGUAAUCAAACCCACAAAUGCUGAGCCUCCAGAUACUCAACAAAUCUAAAGAAGGUCAGUUUUAUUGCUGCUUUAAUCAGCACAACAGUUUUCAACUGUGCUAACAUCAUUCCAAAAAAUUUCAACGGUAGUGUAUGUCAAGUACUCCCACGUCAUAGUGUAUGUAAACUUCCGACUUCAACUGUAUACAACUAAGGUUGAAGUCAUUAAAACUCAUUUUUCAAUCACUUCACAAAUUUCUUGUUAACAAACUACUACUUUACAUUUGUUUACAGACAGAUUAUUUCACUUAUUCACCGUAUCACAAUUCCAGUGGGUCAGAAGUUUACAUACACUAAGUUGACUAUGCCUUUAAACCGCUUGGAAAAUUCCAGAAAAUUGUCAUGACUUUAGAAGCUUCUGAUAGGCUAAGUGACAUAAUUUGAGUCAAUUGGGGGUGUACCUGUGGAUGUAUUUCAAGGCCUACCUUCAAACUCGGUGCCUCUUUGCUUGACAUCAUGUGAAAAUCAAAAGAAAUCAGCCAAAAAAAAUGGUUCAUCCUUGAGAGCAAUUUCCAAAUGCCUGAAAGUACCAUGCUAUUCUAUACAAACACUGGUAUGCAAGUAUAAACACCGUGGGACCACGCAGCUGUCAUACUGCUCAGGAAGGAGAUGCGUUCUGUCUCCUAGAGAUGAAUGUACUUUGGUGCGAAAAGUGCAAAUCAAUACCAGAACAACAGCAAAGGCCCUUGUGAAGAUGCUGGAGGAAACCGGUACAAAAGUAUUUAUAUCCACAGUAAAACGAGUCUUCUAUCGACAUAACCUGAAAGGCCGCUCAGCAAGGAAGAAACCACUGCUCCAAAACCGCCAUAUAAAAGCCAGACUACGGUUUGCAACUGCACAUGGGGACAAAGAUUGUACUUUUUGGAGAAAUGUCCUCUGGUCUGAUGAAACAAAAAUAGAACUGUUUGGCCAUAUUGUUAUGUUUGGAGGAAAAAGUGGGAGGCUUGCAAGCUGAAGAACACCAUCCCAACCAUGAAGCAAGGUGGCAGCAUCAUGUUGCGGGGGUGCUUUGCUGCAGGAGGGUCUGGUGCACUUCACAAAAUAGAUGGCAGGAAGGAGAAUUAUGUGGAUAUAUUGAAGCAACAUCUCAAGACAGUCAGGAAGUUAAAGCUUGGUCCCAAAUGGGUCUUCCAAAUGGACAAUGACCCCAAGCAUACUUCCAAAGUUGUGGCAAAAUGGCUUAAGGACAACGAAGUCAAGGUAUUGGAGUGGCCAUCACAAAGCCCUGACCUCAAUCCUAUAGACAAUUUGUGGGCAGAAGUGAAAGUGUGUGCGAGCAAGGAGGCCUUCAAACCUGACUCAGUUACACCUGCUCUGUCAGGAGGAAUGGGCCAAAAGUCACCCACUUUAUUGUGGAAGGCUACCUGAAAUGUUUGACCCAAGUUAAACAAUUUAAAGGCAAUGCUACCAAAUACUAAUUGAGUGUAUGUAAACUUUUGACCCACUGGGGUUGUGAUGAAAGAAAGAAAUAAUUCUCUCUACUAUUAUUCUGACAUUUCACAUUCUUAAAAUAAAGUGGUGAUCCUAACUGACCUAAGACAGGGAAUUUUUAGGAUUAAAUGUCAAGAAUUGUGAAACUGAGUUUAAAUGUAUUUGGCUAAGGUGUAUGAACACUUCCGACUUCAUCUGUACAUUUGACCACACACACACCCAGCCCCAGAUUCUCAUUGCUCUCCUCCCU